UUUUUUUUGAAAGUUUUAAAAUUUCACUAAACUUUUUUUGAAUUUUGAAAUUUUGAAAUGAAAAUGGUGUGAAAUCAAAAACCUUUUAUGCUCGUCCCCAUCUCACGUGCCAUUCCAAUUUUGUAGUAAUUUAAAAAUAUUUUCUUGUGAGUUAUCAAAGUUGUCAAAACCAAGAGAUAGAAUGUUUCAAAUGUUUCGUUUGAAUUUUUCCUCUGAAAAUGCCAAAAAAUUAAGUAGAAGUAGAUAAAUUAGAAACAUUUUUCAGGUGAUGAAAUUUCAUGGUGAAUUUCCACCAACUUGAACUUUUAUUUUUGUCUCCAUACUUGAAUUUGUCUACGGAAAUCAACUUAAAUUAUCGUGUUGAGGAAAUCCUUAUUUUUCAAAGUGAGCGAUGACUUGAAUUCAAUUUUUUUUUCAAAUAUCACAAUCUAAUGUUUCAGCCCAACUUCUCUCUUGAACAUUUUUGAAAUCUUUUCGCUGAAUUAACUACUACGAGGCGUUGAAAUUCAAUAUCUCAUGUUUGCAAUUAUCACAUGCUCAAAAUAUGAUUAUCGAAAAGUAGUUUAAAGGAGUUGAGAUGAGUUUGACCAAAUUCUUUGAGAAAAAGACCGUGAUUCAAAGGUAUUAUCAACUCAUUUUUUAAUGUAUCAAACCAAGAGUUGAUUCAAAGUUGAUUCAGAGGCAACACUGAUUGUGAGUUUGAGUUGAAGAAAAGAACUCUUUGCCCAUUGCUUCAGGUCGACAGGUCGAUCUACUUUGGGUUAACUCGAUUGAGGGGAGAGGGGGGUGGAGUACUGCAGUAUAAAAGAUUACCUUGUUAGCAAUGUUCACACACCAACCAUUAGCCAUAGUAAUAUAUGAAUUUUCUCUCAGGUUUGCACGCUCGGAACAAUGGAUUCGGAAAGCAUUGAACUUUUGGAUUUAAGAUCCAACGAAGAAAACAAGAUAAUGCUUGAAAUUGAGGAACACGUUGACCAUAUCUUCAAUAGGAUGAAAGACGAAGGGAUAUCAUAUGACGAUUGUGACGCGCCUGAAAAUCCUCUGUUGACAAGACUGAUAGAACAGCUGCAAGAGCAGAGAUCUAAAAGGGCAAGUACUACUUGCAGCAGUGACGAAAUGUUUUUUGAAGGUAAUUGGGUUGGCGAUAUCGUAAGGAAGUUUUGCCCUCACGAAGCCGAGCAACUACAGCAAGAAUCUGAUCAGUCUACAACACCAAUAAUGAAAGCAGUCAGAUAUGGUAAUUUUUCAGCUUUAGAGAAACUGAUGAAUGAAAGAGAGAACAAUCUGGAUGUGGUUCCAAGAAAGACUAUACUGCUCUCAAUACUUGAUGGUAUAAUUGCAUGCAAAUAUAGUCAACAUCCAGGUAGGGUACUUGUGGAGAAUUUAAUCGCUGGAAAAGGGAAGCGAGAAUCUAUCAGAGAUGCGUAUUUCCCACCAACAGAAAGUGUUCCUUCUGAUUGCCCACCAGAUCAUUAUAAAUGCCUGGAGUAUGUUUUUAAAAACAUCCCACUCGACGAGCUGGAUAUAAAUUUUGAAGACGAGAGUGGAAAUACUGCUUUGCAUUAUGCAGUAGCUUGGAAGGAGACCGAAGCUAUAAUGAUGCUUUUGCAAGCCGGAGCUUACGCGUGUAAAGAAAAUAAAAACGAAAUGAUACCUUUGAAAUCAAUCAACAGUCAAGUACUGGAACAAUAUUUGGAUAACUGUAUCUCAUCCAAUAAUUACCCUUCUGAGCACACAGAUUAUCAAAUAACUAUUGAUUAUACACUGUUCAUGCCACCAAAGCAGAACUCCUCUGCAGAACAAAACAAGAAGGUUGUACGCGAAUCCGAACCCAUUCAAAUUAUGCACGACUCAUCUAGAUUAAAAAAACUCCUCAGCCAUCCAGUUAUAAGGAGUUAUUUGUAUUUGAAAUGGCGCAUAGUUCAGAAAUACUUCUACUGCAAUUUAAUCGUGUACUUUAUUUAUUGGUUUUUACUCAAUUCACAUCUAUAUUGCAUUUUCUAUCAGCCAUUUGAUGCAAACAAAACAAAUGAAACUCAUCAUCGUGAUAAUGUUAGCAACUCGGAAAUGGCCAUUAACCAUUUUACAAAUAUGGUUUGUGAAUUAUCAACUGCUAUUUAUUGGAAAAUUUCAAUCGCUGUUGUUUGCAUAGUUCUCAUCUUUAGAGAAGUGUAUCAAUUUUUCGUUCUACCUAAAGCGUAUUCCAAAUCACUGGAAGAUUGGUUUGAAUUAUUCUUGUUUGGAUCGACGAUCUAUAUUCUAUUUUUUGCACCUACUUGUCCGACAUUGGCUUCCGGAAUGGUAUUGGUUUCAUGGAUGGAACUGGUGCUUUUGAUAGGUCGACAUCCUCGGCUAUCUACUCACAUUGAAAUGUUCAAAACAGUGGCUUUGAAUUUCUUCAAAUUUUUGCUUCUCUAUUCCAUCAUGAUCGUAGCUUUCGCAUUCAGCUUCUACAUUCUAUUCAAAGAUAAAAAAGAAGUCGAUGGUAAACCAAACAUUUUUCGAUACUUAAUUUCAUCCAUCUUCAAAACCCUGCUCAUGUUGACUGGUGAAUUUGAUGAUUCAUCGGUUCCAUUGGAAGAUAAAAUGAGCACAGGGCAUCUGGUCUUAAUUUUGUUCACUUUUCUUAUCGCUAUUGUACUUCUCAACCUCUUAAGUGGAUUGGCAGUCGGAGACACGCAGAAGAUUCGAAACGAAGCCGAACUUGUGGGAGUAGUGUCUCGUAUAAAUUUCAUAGCCCAUAUUGAAAGUAUGGCUGUCCAUGAUCCUUUGCAAUGUUUGAAUUUCAUUGACAAACUACUAUGUCAGAACUUUUGUUGUUGUUUUUCACACCGUCCUAAGAGAAAACCAGAACAUUUGGAAACGACCUGUGUUAUGGAACCUUCCACUACAACAACUUCUUCUCAAAGGACUAAGGUUUCUUCUUCCUUUAUUGCGAGAAACUUCCAUGAAAGGAUUAGUCUGACUCAUACCUUGCAGAAUGGUAAAGUGAAAAUCUUCCCGAAUCGUGGACAUCUGAAACAAAAAAAAAUCGAUCCUGAGAUUAUUAAAGAAGCUGUUAACGUUUUGAAGAGAAGGAAACCCUGUGUAGCAACUGAAAUCGACGAAUGCUGUAAGCAAAUACUGCAAAACCUCAAAACAAAACUGAGUUCAUACGAUUGUGCUUUUCUUGAGAGGGCUCUAAAGUUCUCUGACUACAACUUUAUGUGUGCAGGUCCUACUUCAACCCAAACUUUAGAUGCUUUGAGAAAGAGAAGAAAAAAAUCGUUGGAUUCGGGUCUUUUACUUUGAAAUGCAUUAUUGCACCUCAUCAGGCGUGAUUUUCUGCCAUCAUGCCUGUCCCUGGAAAUUAAAAUUCUUGGAAAUUGCAAAGGUAAACGAAUUUUGUUGGUGAUAUUGAUAGUUGAAAUAAUAAUUAAUAUCGAUAUAAUUAUAAUGAGAUUUUUUCAAAUAAGUACAUCAAUAUCUUUAAAAUUGUACAAAAAGUAUCCAUUUUCCUCAUUUUUGUACUCAUCAUUUGCGUUUUGUUGCGAAGUAAGAACGACUGCAAGAACCAUUAAUUAGUAUAUCAGAAAUUUCAAUUUUUAUCCAUAUUUCUGAUCAUUUUCACCCAUUUUUUCUCAAUCUUUGAUGAUUCAAUAAUUGUAUUAUUGUUGAUUGGUACCUAUUGAUUUUAUAUUGAUAUUUAUUAUUUCAGAUAUCAAUAACUACAUAUCAACAUCACUAUUUUGUGGCAACAUAGCACUUUUCUCAGUGCAUUAUAUUACAUUGUAGGCAUUUACUUGAUUUUUUAUAAUUUUCAUUUUUGCUUGAAUGUAGACGCAUACAUAUAACAAGGAAGGUACCUAUUAAAAAGUGCAAACCUACCUAUUUUUAUUUUGUUGUUUUUUAAAGAUUGAAUUUGCAUUAGGAAUUGGGUAUUUUUUGAAAUCUUUUCAACAAUAUUAUUUUUACCCAUAAGUCUAUGCUUGUAUUGGUAAGAAUGUUAAGCUAUGUAGUUCAUUUUUAUGCUAGCUAUCUACCUGUAUAGGUAACUUAAGUAGAUAUUUAUUUUUAAUGUUGAAAAUUUAUGAUUUUUGUAUUUUUACCGCACCUUUUUGAAGAAAGUUGAUGAACAAAUUUUGCCAAGCUUCUUCAAACUGGAAAAAGUUGGAAAUGCAAUUUAUUUUUAUAACUUAGGUAACUAUCACUUAUUAUUACUCUAUUAUUCAUGUUGGUUUUUUUUUUUCAAAUUUAAUUAAAUGCUAAAAUAUUAUGGGUAAGCUUAUUUUUAUGUGAAUGUUUAUUGAGAUAUUAAAUGGUUUUUACUUUUCCAGUUAAAAUCAAAUUGUUAUUUUUCUUUUACGUUAUAAUAUUAAAUAGAACGAUUUUCAAACUUGUAAAUGUCUAAUCAACUUUUUUGAUAUUUUUUAAAACGUGAAUUGACGUCAAUAAUAUUCUUGUGAUUUGAAGCAAUGAGGUUAUCGAAAAAUGGCAGAAAAUUUUCAAUGGCGCUUCUUAAAAAUUCUUGAAUUUUCAAAAUACAUAUGUAGGUACAUUAAAAGCUCAUUAUAACGCUUUUGGUUAUAAUGCUGAUAUCCUCUGGUCCCUAGACAACCCCAUGUAAAAGUGAUUAUAAUUUGCGUUUCAACGUUCUAAAAUUCAGAAAAAAUCACAUUUUUAAAAAAUGAUUUUGACAACAAACCAUUUUUUUGCGACAAAAAAGCAAGACUUUCUGAAAAUUUUGGCUG